GUGCGCGCGCAUCCUGUCCCUGAGAGUGGGCGGGACUAACCGCUCUGCCCGGACCCGGACUGACAGCUCGCGCUCCUCCCGGUAUAGCCGUUAGCUCAGCUCCGUGAUUCCCAGCCGGCUGUUUGAAUGGUUUAGCGGCGGAGAGAGGAGCAGAACUGGGAUCCUGGGAUAAUUAUAUAAAUAAUAAAUACAGCCAGGCUUCACUUCAAGAGAUACAGACGCCUCCUGCCCGCAGUCUAAAGAAGGUGAGACGCUGAGAGACUGAGCAAGGGAGCGAGAGAGAGAAGGGAAAAGAGAGAGAGAGAGAGAGAGGCCAUGGAGCAGCAGAGGCAGAGAGCGCUCUCCACGUCAGGAGAAUCACUGUACGUCGUGCUGGGAGUCGACAAAGCCGCCACGCCAGAGGACAUCAAGAAAUGUUACAGAAUUGUCUUCAGCAAUGUGAUCUUUCUGUGCAGAUGUGUAGCUGGGUCUGCAGUAACUUACAGUAACACAGCACUAAACCACAAUACAGCCAUUAGACUCAGAGGAAGAUCUCAUGCACAAGCCUUGUUCGUCUUCUGCUGCCUGUCCACAGGAUGUUAUUUCUGCUGUUGUCUGUGUUGCUGCUGUAACUGCUGCUGUGGUAAAUGUAAACCUCGGCCGCCCAUGGACCAGGAGCCUGAGUUCUACGUGUCCCCCGAGGACCUGGAGGCCCAGAUGACCGCUGACGAGAGGGAUGGCGGUGAGCCCAUCGUGAUGCAGCCGUCCUCAGCCACAGAAACCACCCAGCUCACCUCUGAUGCCCACCAAAGCUACAGGACCGACUCAUACUAGACACACACACACACACACACACACACACAAACACACACACACAUACACAUACACACAUACACGCACACAUACAGAGCUCACACAUUACGAUUAACCAAACACACGACUGGCUCUAACAUAAUCACAGGACCGGUGCACAUCCUGCACACACACAAUCUUUACACCGUGCUGGUCAGCUUUAUUUCCUUUUGAUCCACAGCAGUAAACACACACACACACACACACACACACACACACACACACACAGACACACCAGCUGAUACUAUUCAUCAUGCCCUGUUUUUUUAUUUUAAAUUUACUGUGAAAGAAGGAGAGAAGGAAGGAAAAAAGGAGGAAAAUUAACGUUUUUCAGACAACAAAUCUCAUAUUCCUCAGACAGACACGACUGAAAAUGUAUUCAGAGGACAAAAUCAACAACUUAUCAAACAUAAAGACAAAAGCAGACGAUCUCAAGCAGCCAGGAGCACCGAAGACUCAAUGUAAUGAGAUAAAAAUGAGAUGUAACAGAAGAAACUUUGUUUUUGUUUUGGAGCUCUGGUCUAAAGUUCAGAAAAUAACAAACAUUUAGGACUUUAAUUUAACCCAGAAAAAGAAACAAGUAACUGUUUUCCCGCCCGCUCCAGCCCGUGGAAGAGGCACGUCAUGACGUCAGAUUAACGUGACCGCUUUUCCAAGCAGUGCUAGCACAAACUUUCCCUCACAACAACAACGAUGGAAGACACUUUCAGCUUGUCUCCUCGGCCGACCGCUGCUCUGCCUUGGAAUCCAUUAGUCUCUUUGAUUUUGUCGCUGCAGGACAAUGGCAGAAACACAGAAGCGGUUCUAGACCAGCAAAGAAUUGGAGCCGCUUUGGAGCCGGUUUUCCUGGCCAGAAGCCGGUUCACUCGCAGUCAAAACACGAAAAACCGCUUCACAAUUGAGCGCCGGCUCCGAACCGGCCCUGAAACUGCCUCGGUUGAAAAGAGGCGAGAGUGUGUGACCCUGCUCUGCUUUCAGUCACGCCUGCAGCUCUCACAGCAAAUUACUUGAAUCCACAAACAGGCAAAUAUCGAGGCUUUUCAAGGUCCUUUCGGCGUUCCAUGAAGUGCACAAGUUACAAGUUUUGGUUGCCAAGGACUUUGAAACCGGUAUCUUAAAUUUACUUUUACCCGUAUGACACCAAAGUUCAAAUUUCUGGCGUAACGUCAGCCUGAGCCUGUUGGGCUUUGAGUGAAUCGUUAGACAAUCAUUUAACCUCUUAGAGUGAAGGCUUGGUUUGUUGUUGUUGUCACUUUAAAGCACAAUUUCCCUUCCACAUGUGCAUAAAUUUAAGAUAAUGCAUAUUUCAGAGCCACGUCUAAGUGUGUUGAGUCAUACAUGACUGUUCCCCCUUUCGAGGUUCAACCUUUAUGUGUCAAUCAUGAACCCGGCUUGCUUCUCAUCCAGCAGUAGAAAUAGUCUCUGCGUCGUAUCAGCCUGCAGGGGAACACAUGUCCAGACUGCUCUGUCAGCCCGACGCUCACUUGAAGUAGGUCAGGGAUCACGUCUAUAUGACUUGGCAGGGAGGGAGGGAGGGAGGAUGGGGUUGUUUAUUUGUCCCAGAUAUUGUCACACACAUCGCUGCAGAGGGAGCCCCCUGCAGGUCGGUGAAGGUAUCUCACGCUGGCAUCGAUUCCCUCGCUCUUAAACAAUCAGAAAGACAGAAACUCUGAACUCCUCCUUUUCCUUCUCUUCUUCCUUCACGUUCCCUCUCCACUCUCCUCCGUACGUAAAGAACCGAGCUCCCUGGUUCACACUGAAAGCUGUGUGUGUGCUGUGGGAGCCGUUGCACAGUCCAGUGUUAUUAUUAGACACAUUACAUCACUUCCAUACAUUAGUGACCUCUUGCUUUAAUCCAGAAGAACAGACAUAUGUACACUGACCCCGCCCCCUUUUUUCUUUGUUUCUAGUUUCAUUUUGUUUUGUGAGGAAGUUAAAAUGUUGUACAUGUUGUGUAAACUGAAUGUUUAGAUUUGACUUCACCGUGUUUCUUUAUUCUUUCCUUCUGUUCUCUGUCUCUGUAGAUUUCUUUUGUUUUUACUUAUUUAUGUUGUUAACGAAUGGAGGAUGUUAUUAUCCACAGUCUUAUUUGUUUGUGUGGCAGCAGUUUUGUAGAUUAUAUAAUCCUAAUAGCAACUAAAGAGCAGUUUACAACAAUCAGACGGAUUAGUUAGGGUGUCAUUUUUCAGAAAACAUGUUUUUUAUUUCUAGAUUUUCUUAAUUCGUCGCGCAGAAGUAGCACUCCGGCUCUGAUCUAUUCGAACGUUCAGGAUCAUUGUGGUUGUUUGUGUCAAGUAUUUAACUUUAUACCAAAAAAAAAAACAUCUUCAUUGAACUAAUAAGGCUUAUCUGUUUGCAAUAUGUCUUGUUCAUUAUGUUUUUAAACAUAUCAGAAGGGAAAGCAAUAUCAACAAUGCAAAUUGCAAAUUUCACAGCUCGUUUUCAGGAAUCUGCAGGAUCAUUAAAAGUCCCAAAAUAGCUUCUUUUAAGACUUUAAAAAGCAAAGUACAGAUAAAUAAAGUUAGAACAUGUCUGCACAACAAAUCAAACAUCAUGUCGGCGCUUCAAACAAGGUUUCUGUGCGACGUCGUCCAGCUUAGCAGAGUUUUACGUGACCUGCAGAUGCUCCUAUUUUCCGCUUCGUGUCAUGUGACCACCGAAUGCAACUUUGGAUCCCUCCUUUCUUUGAAUUUCUCUGCUGUUGACCAAACACGCAAAACCCUGCUCAAGAGCAGCGUGGCGCCUGAAACAUUUCAACCCUGGAGUCCAGAAACUUCCACCGUUAGCUCUGAAACAAUGACACAAACUACAAGAACUGAUGUAAGUGUGAAUAUAGCGACCAGAUGGUAAUAAUAUUGAAGCAUUAUUUUAUUUAUUUUUCUUAUGAUUUUAAUGAUUAACGACUAGCCGGUAUGUCGAGCGGAUGUAUAGAAUUUUAGAUGUGAACUGUCUUGACGGUAAAGUGUCAAAACGGCCGACCUGCUGUAUAUACACGCAGCGACACAGAUCAUAGAGGUGUAGAGUUUUCUGUUUUUAGCAUGGACUCAUAAUGUUGACGUCUGUCAGGCAGACGUGUGGAUAAAUGAAGUAUCUGAUGUACUGUUGUAAAAUAAAUGUUUCUGAUGCUUCAGAU